AUGGAUUCUGGUAUGUCGUGGGCUGACCAAUGGGACAACAACCCAGACCCAUCCCCGACAUCAGAGAAAGACAAGAAGAAGAGCAAGGACGACGAGUCAGAAGAUAAGAGCAAAUUUGGAAAGACCGUGAUGAACUUUAAAUGGGUGAAAGAACUUCGCAAAAAAACAAGCAAGACAUAA